AUGCAAUCAGUCGACGGCAAUCAAGCUGCAGUCUAUGUCUCAUACGCGAUGAGUGAUGUCUCAUUCAUCUUCCCAAUCACCCCAUCAUCCCCAAUGGCGGAGAACGCCGAUGUUUGGGCUUCACAAGGAAGAAAGAACGUUUUUGGCCAAGUCCCAGAAGUCUUUGAAAUGGAGUCUGAGGCCGGUGCUGCUGGAGCUGUCCAUGGUGGUUGUGCUGCUGGUUCACUUGUGAGCACAUACACAUGCUCUCAGGGACUUAUGUUGAUGAUCCCAAAUAUGAUUAAGAUUGCUGGUGAACAUCUCCCAUGUGUCUUCCACGUCUCAGCAAGAGCUUUGGCUGGUCAAGCUCUUUCUAUCUUCGGUGAUCACUCUGAUGUGAUGGCUUGCAGAUCAACCGGGUUCUGUUUGUUGUCAUCCCACACCGUCCAACAAGCUCAUGAUCUCGGAAUUGUUGCUCACCUUGCUGCUAUGGAAGCUUCCCUCCCAUUCUUGCACUUCUUCGAUGGUUUCAGAACUUCUCACGAAAUUCAAAAGAUCCACCAAUUGUCUUAUGACCAAAUCAAAAGUUUGGUUGUUCCAGAAUACGUCGACAGAGCACACAAGAGAGGUCUCAAUCCAAUUCACCCAACUCAAAGAGGAACUUCACAAGGCCCAGAUGUGUUCUUCCAAGCUGUUGAAAAGUCGAAUGCUGAUUAUGACAAGAUCCCAGAAAUUGUUCAGAAGUACAUGGACAAGGUUGCUGCUCUUACUGGAAGAAAGCACAAGAUUUUCGAAUACUACGGAGCUGCUGACGCAGAAAGAGUAGUUAUUGCUAUGGGUGCUGGUGUCCCAGUCUUGGAAGAGACUGUUGACUACUUGGCUACUAAAGGUGAGAAGGUUGGUGUUUUGGCUGUUCACUUGUACAGACCAUUCUCUGCUAAACACUUCUUGGAACAACUCCCAGCAUCUGCUAAGAAGAUUGCUGUUUUGGACAGAGUGAAAGAAAUUGGCUCAUUCGGUGAACCACUUUAUCUCGAUGUCGCUACUGUUUUACUCGAUGCUCAAAAGAUGUUGACCAUUGUUGGUGGAAGAUACGGACUUGGAAGCAAAGAAUUCACCCCAGUGAUGGCCAAGGCUGUCUUUGAUAACUUGAAACUUGAGAAGCCAAAGAACCACUUCACUGUUGGUAUUGAUGAUGAUGUGACUCACUUGUCACUUCCUCUUGGAGAAGGAUUCAACCCAAUUCCAGCUGGUACCACCCAAUGUAUGUUCUGGGGUCUUGGAUCUGAUGGAACUGUCGGUGCCAAUCACGACGCUAUUAGAAUCAUUGGUCAAAACACUGAGAAGUUUGUCCAAGCUUACUUCUAUUAUGAUGCACACAAGUCUGGUGGAAUUACUGUGUCUCACUUGAGAUUUGGUGACAAGGAAAUCAAGUCACAAUAUUUGAUCCAAAACAGUGACUACACUGCUUGCCACUUCCCGAACUACGUUCAAAAGUAUGAUAUGGUUGAGACUGCUAAAGAAGGAUCAGUCUUUGUCUUGAACUGCCCAUGGACUGGUGCUGAACUCGAGAAGCAACUCCCAGGCUCAAUGAAGAGAGCUCUUGCCAAGAAGAACAUCAAGUUCUAUGUUAUUGAUGCCAUUAAGAUUGGACAAGAAGUCAAAUUGGGAAGAAGAAUUAACAUGAUCAUGCAAACUGUCUUCUUCAAAUUGGCUGAUAUUCUUCCAUUUGAAACUGCCGUCAAAUUGUUGAAGGAAGCUGUCGUUAAGACAUACGGAAAGAAGGGACCAGAAAUUGUCAAAAUGAAUCACGACGCUAUUGACAGAGCUGUUGAUGGCCUUGUUGAAGUUAAGAUUCCAGCUGAGUGGGCUACUGCACCAUUGGAAGCUAAAGUCCAUUUGGAUGCUCCAGAAUUUGUCAAUGAUGUUUUGAUCCCACAAUUGACCAUGCACGGCAAUGAACUCCCAGUCUCCAAAUUCGCUGAAGAUGGAUUUAUGCCAAUGGGAACUACCAAAUACGAGAAGAGAGGUAUUGCCACUGCUAUCCCUGCUUGGGAAUCAGCCAAAUGUGUCCAAUGCAAUAUGUGCUCGUUGUACUGCCCACACGCUGCUAUUAGACCAUUCUUGUUGAACGAUGCUGAAACCAAGAACGCCCCAGCUUCAUACACUUUGGUCAAUGGAAAGAAGCCAGUCGAUGCUUACAAGUUUAGAAUCCAAGUCUCUUCUAUGGACUGCACUGGAUGUGGUGUUUGUGUUACUGCUUGCCCAGCCAAGUGUUUGGCCAUGACUCCAUUCGACAAGAUUGGUGCUGAAGAAGCCAAGAACUGGGAAUACUCAAUGAAGGUGACUGAGAAGACUGAAGUCGCUGAUAGAGCCAACAUGAAGGGAGCUAUGUUCAGACAACCACUUUUGGAGUUCUCUGGCGCUUGUGAAGGAUGCAAUGAGACUGCUUUGGUUAAGUUGAUUACCCAAUUGUCUGGUGAGAGAGCUGUUAUUGCCAACGCUACUGGUUGCUCAUCAAUUUGGGGAGCUACAUGGGGAACCAACCCAUACACUGUUAAUGCUGAAGGAAGAGGACCAGCUUGGGGUAACUCAUUGUUUGAAGACAAUGCUGAGUAUGGUUUCGGUAUGUACAAAGCUACUCAACAAAGAAGAGCUUAUCUCGAACAAAUUGUGAAGGAAGCCAUUGCUGAAGGAAAACUCUCAGCUGAACUUAAGACCCUCCUUGAACAAUGGGUCGAGAAGAAGGAAUGUGACGUUGAAUCUGAGAAGCUUUACCAACAAAUUAAGCCACUCUUGGCUGCUGAGAAGGACAAAUCAGCUGUUCUUAAAUUGGUCGAAGAGAACUCUGAUGUCUUCAUCAAGGUCGUCCAAUGGAUUGUUGGUGGUGAUGGAUGGGCUUAUGAUAUUGGAUACAAUGGUGUUGAUCACGUCUUGGCCUCUGGACAAAACGUUAACAUCUUGGUCCUUGAUACCGAAAUGUACUCCAACACUGGUGGACAGAAAUCAAAGGCUACCAACUUGGGUGCUAUUGCCAAGUUCGCUGCUGGUGGAAACAGAAGACCAAAGAAGGAUCUUGGAGCUAUUGCUAUGUCAUAUGGUGAUGUCUAUGUUGCCUCUGUUGCUCUUGGAGCCAACCCAGCUCAAGCUUUCAAGGCAUUCAAGGAAGCCGAAAGCUACAAUGGUGUCUCUAUUAUCAUCGCUUACUGCCCAUGCAAAGAACAGGGUGUCCCAUUGAACAAAUCCAUUGAAGAACAAAAGAUGGCUGUUAACUCUGGUUACUGGUCACUUUACAGAUAUGACCCAAGACUCGUCCAAGAAGGAAAGGCUGGCUUACAACUCGACUGCAAGGAAAUCAAACAAGACCUCGAGGAGUUCUUGAACAGAGAAAACAGAUUCGCUCUCCUUGGAAGAACCAACAAGAAGGUCGCUGAUGAAUUGCACGCUCAACUCAAGAAGAACAUCGAUGAGAAGUUGGCUAGACUUACUGCUGCUUCUAAGCUCUAA